CAUAUGCUCACAGUGUGCGCAGGGAGGUGCCUGCUGGUGUCUGUCGUUGCAGUUUGUUCAUUGCACCUUGUCUGCAUCUCUUCUGAAGGUGUUCUCAAGGACUAUUUAAGAGAGCUGCCUUCUCCCUUGAUAACCAAACAACUCUACGAAGCUGUGUUAGAUGCCAUGGUGAAAAAGCCCUUGAAAAUGACAGCGAAUGGAUGUGAUAAUAACCCUGGUGAUUCUGAGCAUACCGUGGCUCUCUUGGAUUGCCUUCCGGAAGUUGAGAAAGCUACUCUAAGGAUGCUGUUGGACCACCUGAAAUUGGUGGCUUCGUACCAUGAAGUAAAUAGAAUGACAUGCCAGAACUUAGCUGUGUGUUUCGGGCCUGUGCUACUGAGCCAGCGGCAGGAAACCACCAAUCACAACAACAGAGUUUUCACAGAUUCAGAAGAGCUUGCCAGUGCCUUGGAUUUCAAAAAACACAUAGAGGUUUUGCAUUACCUCCUCCAGCUGUGGCCAGUGCAACAUUCAGCCGUCAAAGAAUCUGCGUUGUCUGAGCAGCAGUCAUCUGUGAAUUACUUGAGACCUAAGAGGCAGCGGCCUCAGAUGUUGAACUUGAGCAGUACCGAGAUGUCGGGGAUCCUCAGGUCCAGGCCAGCCAGACUGGAUAGCCCUUCAAGCAACCGCUACGCUGGAGACUGGAGUGGCUGUGGGGAGAACUACUUCGUAAGCCCCAAGGAGGCCCUGAAUGAAGCAGACUAUGACGAUGUUCCUUCGGAAGAUGCCGAAAGUGGCGAUGACGGCGGCGGAGUGGAUGGCUCGGAGAAGCUCGCCGAACGGCCCCAUUGCAUGUCCAAAGAACACACUUUUCAGGCCUAUUUGACGGUGCAAGCCAUGGAUUCUACAGGGAACCACAGAGUAAACCUCAAAGAUCUGCAGGAAAGCAUUGAUACUCUGAUAGGAAACCUGGAACGGGAACUCAAUAAAAACAAGCUCAACAUCAGUUACUGAUAAGUAAUUUCCCUCUGCAAUACCUCCUCUCUCUUUUUUUUUUUUUUGCU